AUGGUUGGCCAACCUUAUUCUCGUAGUACCUGCUCUUCUCCUUGUUGCGGCGAACAACACAAACAGAUCAACACCAGUGAUACCGGCGUGCCCCAGACUUCUGACCAAGGGCAAACCGCGAACCGUCGUUCCACUGAGAAACCACAGGAAGAACACCCCAAUAAACCUAACUGCUGCAAAGAUAAGCCAUCUCCCUGUUGUGAUGUCUCUUGCCUUGAUCGUAUCGCCCUCCGUGAAUGCCAUAAAGAGCAGGUACUAUCAUCUACUGAAGCAGCUCCAAAGGUUUCGACCCUCAGUUGCCAAAGUCCUGACGGAAGGCCAUGUGACCAGCACCGUCGCUCAGCCCGCACCAAAUACCUGGCCACACUGGAAGCUCUGGGCUGUAUUUGCCGUGCGUUGAUAGCCCUCGGACAGGAAUCCUGCUGUGUACCGCUAGCACGCUCCUCUCUUGGUCAGAACCGUCGCUCUACCGACUCUUUCUGUGCGAAGGGCAGCCCGGGGUCCCAGAAAUGCCGCAAUGUGAGUGUGGAGACUGGAGGGGAGAGUUGCUCAAGCGGUUGCUGCAGUCCUCCUAAGGCUCCUAUCGUGGUUGAGCAGUGUUCCUCCACUAGCAAGGAGAAGGCUGUUAUCUCCGGUAGCUGUUGUAGUAAAAGUGAAACGUCUGAAUUUGCCAGAUCGCAUACCUCCAUUACAAAGGGUGAGUUCAGCAACAUCACCACCGAUUCGAAGGGCCAUUGCGGUGAAUCAAAGGUCUAUCCGAGUUCAUCUGCCGAGCGGUGUUCGUCUCCUGAAAACGGAAUUCCUGGCACCGGUGAGUGCUCAAGUGGUUGCUGCAGUAAACGCAAAACAACCCCUUGUGCCUUAGAUGGAGGGAAGGUCAAUAAGCCCGCCUGCUCAUCUCGCUGCUGUAGUAAGCCUGAUGGGCCCUCCGACUUUUUGCCUGUAGCAAACGCUGAUAGAUCCGGACCUGUUACCUGUUCAACUGGCUGUUGCGGUAAGCCUGUAACAUCUCCAUGCACAAUGACCGAAGAAACAUCUGGCGACUUAAUCGAGGCCAUCCCGGCCGCUGCUACUCCUGACUUAGAAAAAGGAAUGACGGGCAAGGAGCAUGUCGUUUUGAGUAUAUCGGGGAUGACAUGUACCGGGUGCGAAACAAAACUUACCCGAACUUUGGGUACACUGCAGUCCGUCCAGAACCUGAAAAGUAGCUUGGUGCUCUCCCGAGCAGAGUUCGACCUCGACGUGGGUAUUCAAUCACUCGAUGAGGUGUUGAAGUAUUUGGAAAGGACUACUGAGUUCAAGUAUGAGCGAGUCACGGAUCGAGGAUCUCGUGUCGACGUUAUCGUCCCCAAUGCGUCCGAGUUCAUGAAGCAUGACUGGCCUCGUGGCGUAACCGAGAUGACACUUAUUGACGAUGGAACCGUGAAUGUUGCUUUCGAUGCGAAGAUAACUGGAGCGCGAGAUCUGGUUGAACAUGGCUGGGGCCGUACUCUCAGCCUGGCUGCUCCUCUGCCUGAUCCGACACUCCAAGCUGGUAUCAGGCAUGUGCGCCAUAUGGGAUACAUGACUAUUCUGCCCAUUAUUCUAACAGUGCCUGUCUUGGUCAUGGCUUGGGCUCCACUUCCAGAGAAGGAAACCGCCUAUAGCUCUGCAUCGCUGGCACUGGCGACAGUUGUCCAAGUGGUCAUUGCGGGCCCGUUCUACCCAAAAGCAUUGAAAGCCUUGGUGUUUUCUAGGAUUAUUGAGAUGGACCUGCUCAUUGUGCUGAGCACGAGCGCCGCCUACAUUUUCUCAGUAGUCUCAUUUGGAUAUGCCAUUGCAGGCCAGCGACUCUCGACUGGUGAGUUCUUCGAGACCAGCACGUUGCUGGUUACUCUGAUAAUGGCUGGUCGGUAUGUCGCCGCACUUGCUCGUCAGAAAGCCGUCGAAUCCAUUUCGCUUCGGUCACUCCAGAAGCCUACUGCUAUCCUCACGGAUUCCUUCGGGUCGAGUGAAAAGGAGAUUGAUGUCAGGCUCCUUCAAUAUGGGGACAUCUUCAAGGUCUUUCCAGAUUCUCAUAUUCCUACCGACGGCACAGUUAUCGGAGGCUUGUCAGAGGUUGAUGAGUCAAUGAUUACUGGAGAGUCUAUACCGGUAGACAAGUCCCUUGGAUCUGCCGUUGUCGCAGGAUCUAUGGUAGAUCAAGCAAAGAUGUCAAAAGCAAACAUCCAGGAUAUCGCGGACCGAGUGGCGAGCUACUUUGUCCCCGUGGUAGUCGCUCUGACGAUCAUCACCUUCGUGAUCUGGAUUGCAGUGGGCAUUACAGUGCGAAGCCAGUCUGGAUCUCGAGCAACCACGGAGGCCAUAACAUACGCUAUCACUGUUCUGAUUGUUUCUUGUCCCUGUGCGAUCGGCCUGGCAGUACCUAUGGUAAUCGUUAUCUCCAGCGGCGUCGCUGCCGAGCGAGGCAUCAUUUUUAAGAGCGCGGAUAGCAUCGAGCUUGCCUUCAAGACUUCCCACGUGGUAUUCGACAAAACUGGAACACUCACCCAAGGCAAACUGACCGUUGCUAUUGAGCAUAUACACACCACGAGGGAUUCCAUGUCUCUACUUCUUGGCCUAGUGGGGAGUAACAAGCACCCAAUUUCCGCCGCCGUUACUGCAUAUCUGAAAGCCAAGGGCAUCUCUGCAUCUCCUGUCUCUGACACAAAGUUACUAACCGGCAAAGGUGUAGAAGGGUCUGCACCGGAAGUCAUCCUCCGCGCAGGAAACUCACGAUGGCUGAACCUCUCGUCCCAUCCGCAGGUCCAAUCGGUCCUUGAACGAGGCUAUACAGCAUUCUGUUUCACGAUAAACGACAAGCUCGCCGCCGUCUUUGGCUUAGAAGAUUCACUUCGCCCAGACGCCCUCGAAACCAUCACCAAACUCCAGGAACGUGGUGUAUCCGUCCACCUCCUCUCAGGUGACGACGAUGGCGCCGUUCAGUCCGUCGCGAGACAGCUUGGCAUUGCAGCUGAAAAUAUCCGCUCCCGCUGCACCCCGGCCAGCAAACAAGCCUACAUCCAAGCCCUCCUGACCCCAGUCGAUCAACCCGCUCCCAGGAGGAGUCCAACAACAAUCUUCAUCGGCGACGGCACAAACGACGCCAUCGCCCUCGCCACCUCCACAAUCGGCGUACACAUGAACCACGAAACCGGCACCGACGUUGCCAAAUCCGCCGCAGACGUUGUGCUGAUGCGGCCCACCCUACUCAGCAUCCUGACGAUGAUCAACAUCAGUGAGAAGGCGGUGCGGCGGAUCAAGUUCAAUUUCGGCUGGAGCUUUGUGUAUAACUUGUUUGCUAUCUUGCUCGGUGCCGGGGCGUUUGUGGAUGCCAGGAUUCCGCCAGAGUUUGCGGGGCUAGGGGAGCUGGUUAGUGUCUUGCCUGUUGUUCUUGCGGCUGUGCUCUUGAAGUGGGCAAGGGUUUAG